AUGUCGUCUGCUGAGAAAACACUGGAUUUAUCAUCCUUAAAGAACAAAGUCUCUGCAAAACUUUCUGAUCAAAAUAAGAAGAAUGAUACAAAGAAACAGAAAAAGUCUGCAAAAUCUAACAAGAAUAUUAAGGAAAAUGGUAAGAAAUCAAAUAAUAAUGUAAUUGAAAAACAAGAUGAAAGCCAUGCUGAUGACGAUGAUGAUGAUGAUGUGUUACGUCGUGAAGCAUUGGCAUUGGGUGCUAGUGAAGAAGAUUUGGAACUUAUUAAGAAUUUAAAAGAUGAUGAAGAUGCUAGUGAACAAGAAUUCGAUGAUGAACCAGAUAAUGAUGAUAAAGAAUUUGCUGGUGAUAUUCAAAAAUUUAUGAAAAAUAUUGGACUAGAUAAAAAUAAUGUUCCUGACUUAGAAGAUGAGGAACUUAUGGGAGAAAAGGCAGAAGAAGAAGAAGAAGGAAAUCUUAGUUCAAACUCACAAUCUGAAAAUGAAGAGGAAACUGAACAACAACAACAACAACAACAACAACAACAACAACAACAACCAAAAGAAGAAGAAAAAGAAGUUAAAAAAGACAGCGAUUUAAUUACCCAAACCCAUAUUAUAAGUUCUGAUAAAUUAUUGGUUCCAUUCGAUUCAGCAUGGUAUGAAAUCCCAUUAGACCCACAAAUCCAACAAAAUUUGCAAAAUUAUGAUGAUGAUGAUGAUGAACCCUUGACUAAGGAACAAAUUGGUAAAUUAUAUGAAAGAGGUAAACAAACGUUAGAGUUAGAUAAUCAAACCUAUUAUGAUGAAUUUACUAAGGAUUCUUCCCAAAGAAAGUUUAUGUCACAAAUCUUAUCUGAUGGUACAUUAAAUGAUAAAAUUUCGGCAUUAACACUGUUGAUUCAAGAUUCACCUUUACAUAACAUUAAAUCAUUAGAUACAUUGUUAUCAUAUUGUAACAAAAAAUCAAGAAAUUCACAAUUACAAAGUUUAAAUGCACUAAAGGAUUUAUUCCUAAAUGGAUUAUUACCAAACAGGAAAUUAAGAUACUUUAAAAAUCAACCAGGUCUCUCAAUGUUAUUAAAUAAGAGAACAUUAGCAAUUUUCUAUUUUGAAGAUUAUUUAAAAAAAUUGUUUUUCCAAAUCCUAGAAGUGUUUGAAAAAUUAUCUCAUGAUCCAAUUAUUCACGUUAGAUUACAAGUAUUAACUCAUAUUUUCGAUUUAUUAACAAAGAUACCUGAACAAGAAUUCAAUUUAUUAAGAUUAGGUUGUAACAAAUUGGGUGAUAUUGACUCUAAAGUGUCAUCUAAAUCUUCCUAUUUAUUAUUGAAAUUAGAACAAGCUCAUCCAAAUAUGAAAUCUAUCAUCAUUGAUGGUAUCGUUGACAUGGCUUUGAGACCUAAUGCUGAUUAUCAUACAACUUAUUAUUCAGUUAUCACAUUGAAUCAAACCAUUUUGAAAAGAUCUGAAGAUGAUAUAGCUAAUAAAUUAAUUAAAACUUACUUCACACUUUUCGAAAAGUUCUUAAUUAACACUGAUAAAGACCACAUUGAAAAUGUAGAAGUGAAAAGUAACGCAAAAGGAUAUGAAGCCAAGAGAAAGAAGAAUUUCAAAAGAGGUAAGAAAGGUGGUAAAUCAGUUAAAAAUGAUAAGACAGAGGAGGAAGUUCUUAAUGAGAAAAACUCUAAAUUAUUUAGUGCUCUUUUAACUGGUAUUAAUCGUGCCUUCCCAUUCGCUCGUAUUCCUGCUUCCGUUUAUGAAACUCAUUUGGAAACAUUAUAUAAAAUUACGCAUUCUUCCAAUUUCAAUACAAGUGUACAAGCGUUAGUUUUGAUUCAUCAAGUUACUUCCAAAGCUGAAUUGAAUAAUGAUAGAUAUUAUAGAACACUAUAUGAAAGUUUGUUUGAUUCAAGAUUGGUCGGUUCAUCAAAGCAAGGUAUUUAUUUGAAUUUACUUUAUAAAUCAUUGAAAGAGGAUAAAUCUAAUGUUGAACGUGUGGAAGCUUUCGUUAAGAGAAUUUUACAAGUUAGUUCUCAUUGGUUAAAUGUGGGGACUAUAACUGGGUUUCUAUUUUUAUUAAUUCAAUUAGUCAAGAUUAUACCGCAAAUUAGGAAUCUAUUAACAAACACACCAAUCGACGAUCAAUAUCAAUCAGACGAUGAUACGGAGGAAAAUAAGUUAACAGGGAAGAACAAGAAAAAGACAGAUACAACAUAUGAUGGACGUAAACGUGAUCCUAAAUUUGCUAAUGCUGAUAAAUCGUCACUUUGGGAAAUUAGUCAAUUUAUUAAUCAUUAUCAUCCGUCUAUUCAAGCAUAUGCUAGUAAAUUUAUUGAGAAUACAUCUAAUAAGAAUGAAGAAGUAGUGAAACCUGACUUGGGGUUAUUUACAUUGGCACAUUUCUUGGAUAGAUUUGUUUAUAGAAAUGCUAAACAAAAGAGUGUUACAAGAGGUACUUCCAUUAUGCAACCUUUAUUUGGUGGAUCUCAACUUAAUAAAUCUGUUCUUGUGAAGGCAUCAGAUGUAGUCUUAGACCAAACACCUGUGAAUACUGAAAAUUGGUUAGAUAAGAAAGUGGGAGAAAUUAAACCAGAAGAAAAAUUCUUUUAUCAAUAUUUCUCUAGUAAGAAAGGUGCAAUUAAGAAAGGUAAACAAGAUGAAAAGGAUUUACAUGGAUUUGAUAGUGAUGAUGAGAUGAAUGAAGAUGAAGUUUGGGAUGCUCUUGUGAAAUCAAGACCAGAUGUCGAAGAUGACUCUGACGAUGAUGAAGGUUUAGGUUUUGAUGAUGAAGAUUUCUUAUCCAUGAGUGAAAGUGAAGAAGGUGGUGAUGACGAAGAAGUUGAUGUUGAUGUUGAAAAAAAGACUAAUGAAGUGGAACCAGAAGAAGGAGCAUCUGAUCUAGAAGAUAGUGAAGAUGGAUUAGAAGAAGAUAUUUUCCAUAGUUUUGGUGGUAGUGAUUCAGAAGAAGAAGGAGAAGAAGAUUAUGCUGUUAAUAAUGACGCAAAGCGUUCGUUUAGCGAUUCUGAGAAUGAAGAAGAAGAAGAAGAAGCAUCUACAAAAAAGCAAAAGAAAAACAAAAAGAAAGAUUUACCUGUGUUUGCAUCUGCUGAUGAUUAUGCAAAAUAUUUGAAUUCUGAUUCUGAAUAA